AUGUCAGACAACACCCAAACGGCGUGGGUUUCUCGCCCUGUCGGCGGUAUACCAGUUUCUGCCGAUUUGGCUCCAUCGAUUGUAUUCGCAGUACUAUACGCGCUCCUACUUCCCAACAUUAUCUACAACUUCUUCUUCCGUAAACCGCGCGCAUGGAAUGCCAUCCAAAUUGGAACACUACUAUUUGCGGUAGAACGCAUAGCAUGGUGUAUUAUACGGGCCGUCCAGGCCUCCCAUCCAGCAAACAGGGCAUCGGGAGGACAAAUGAAUUAUAUACAAGCAACUGUCGGGCUGGGUUUCAUAGGGAUAUCCAGUGAUGCAAUUAAACUUCUUCGUUGCCUACUGGUCAACACCACCCUCCCCGAGAAAGGCGCUUCGAAAGACCGCCGCACCCCAAGGCGAUACUAUAGAUAUUCUUGCUAUGUCUUCGAGCUAGCCUUUCUUGCAUCGACUAUCCCUGGAAUAGUAGCCAGCAGCAGUUACAGUGCUGCGCGGUUUGACCAGGCGCGAGCUGACGCGAACCUGAGUCUCUUAAACGCUAGUGCUAGCAUAGUGCUUGCCUUCCAAGUAAUCACCAUUGUUGUAUCUUUAUUGGCAGCCUUCAAGGUGAAAGAAAUUGAUCGUACGAGAUGCUUCGAGCUCGUGGCCUUGACAUUACUUCUUAUUCCAGUCCCAAUCUACCGACUCUGCGUGAUCCAUAUUCGCACAAUCAACGUCUUUGAGCCCCUCUCCACCUCGGCCCGAGCGGUAUUUUAUAUCAUCCACCUUGUCCCAGAGUGGCUGUGUGUGAGCGUCUUGUUGAGCACUAACGUGCGCGAGAGAUUCCGCACAGGUCGCUGGGGUGACUACGAGAUGUCCGAGACACCCCGUGACAAACGGCUAGAGAAGUCUGCAGCCGAGGAUGGUUCGACUGAGGGUCAACUUGAUGCAUCACAGGCUGUUUAG